AUAUGCCCCACGAGACGUCAGAUCGGUGAUGAAACCAUGAGGGAAAUAAGCACAUACAAUCAGAUACAGUUUAAUCUUUAAUAUUCCCUCUGCUAUCUUCAAGGAAACCUUCGAUCAAGAUGUUUGAAGCCAGAGAGAGGUUCUUAUCUAUUACAACAUCGAUUGGACAGUGCGCUCUGUCAAACCCUUGUGUGACCUUAUGGCUGGGUUUUUUUUUUUUCAAAAAUUCAGUAUUUAUCAAUUUUCUGGCGAAAGUGGGAAAAAGAGAUAACACUCCUGAUACUGGAAAACUAAGAGAGACAUCGUUAAAUUUUACGACAAUUUUGGAAGAUGUUAUGUAUAAAUGCCCAAUUGAGCCAUCCUUUAAGUAGCCUCUAUGUGUCCUCGGAGCAGGCUAUCUCGAGUUAAGUGGAAAGUACAUGCACUAGUUAUAAGAAAGAGCCCUGAUUGAGCGAUAGCUUGAGAAGGAAUUGUAAAAUUUUGAACGGUCUCGGGUACGACAAUGUCAUAAGAGGGUAGUGCCUAGGUAACGGGCAAAUCCUAGGAACCGAUUCUUUUUUUUUCUAUUUAUUUAUUUAUUUUUCAUUAUGCGCACAGAAGAAAUUUCUUUAAUUUGUCCUCCUCGAUUUUGAUUCUCGUCUCUGAAUAUCAAAGUACUCCAAAUUAUCUUCUCACUGAUCGAAACGAACGUUUUUUAUAGGCGGAGAUCUAUCGGUUAAAAUUGAAUGAUCGUUCUUUCCCUUUCGUUUUAGUAACAAAUAAAUUCUGUUUAUGUUCAAAAAGUGACAUACUAUAGCUCGCAUAACAUACUGAGAAGUCAUGUGGAUAUCACAUGAGGGCUGAUGAAUCGGCUUUUUCUUUAAAUAAAAUAAGUAAGAUUUUCACUAACCUUGAAUAUUGUUACGGCUAACGUUGAGAACACGUCUCUAGCAAAGCUGCAACGUAGACUCUUCAGGAAAGAGGACCCAACGAACAACUAUCACUAGUGCCAGAGUAAGACGAACUUCAUGAACGCUUAAAGAGAGCUCGUAUAAGGAGAAGUUUCCCUUGGAUGAGAGCAUAAUGGAUCAGAACGUGAGCAUAAAACGAGAACAGGUGGACCAUGGAGUAGAUGAGGGAAGUUUAAGGCAAUCAGGAACUGUAGGAAGGAAGGCACCGGGGCCAAAACAGGACAGAAAAGGAUUACGCCGCAAGCGAACAGCCUUCACAGUACGGCAACUGGAGAGGAUGCAGUCGGUGUUUCAGUGGAAUAAGUAUCCCGGAGUAACAAUUCGUGAGGCGCUAGCCGCGGAACUGGGAGUCAGUGAGGCGUGUGUACAGGUUUGGUUUCAAAAUCGUCGAUCCAAAUGGCGCAAGAGAGAAAGCAAUAUUCGACCGAUACGCUGCGAGGAGCGUCCUGAUGUGUGCGCAUUUUAUACCUAUAAUAACGCUGAGCGACGUUGGCCUCUUCCACGGGCGCACAAUUACUGCUCGUGUCAAGUUAAGUCUCAUGCCGUGUUUGGAGUAGUGCCAGUUACAGCUGGCUCCAUGAGUGCUGGCUUAACUACUGACAACCGACUUACCACUUGUCCUUCUUUACACCCGACGCAUGAACUGUCAAAUGAGCAAGGAGAAGAGAGAGAAGAGCGUACUGGAAUUCUGAAACCAAAUGGUGCAGGCCCAAGAUUUACUUAUCCUAGUCUAAGUUCGAGAGGUCAGAAAGAAGCUUUGUCAGGAGAGCGUUCUGCAGAUGAACUCAUCAGUGCAAAUGGACUUCUGUGCAUGUAUUCAAUGCCAGGUAACUAAGUUCAGAAAUCAAAAGGCUAAGAUGUAUGAGAAGAGAUCAGAAGACCCGUCGCAAUUUGCUGCAGAUCCAUCCUGAAUGCCUGUAUAUAUGUAGGCAUCCUGAACAUUCAAUUACAUUAUAAGAGAAAUUGAAGCUAUGUAACCAGAAUUUGAACCUACGUGCAUUAACGAUAUGAUUUAAUCUUGGGGAGGAUUUAUCAUUAUAAUGAACAUUAUAACUUGUGUUA